UCUAACAGAUUCUCUUCCUCUCCUUCUCAUUCUCUCUCCCCAUAAAACCCCCCCUUCAGUCUCCCCCCACAACAAGCAAAUCCGAAACUACCUACCGGAUAAAAAACACAAACUUUCUCAGCCAACAAGAACAAAAUCAAAGACUUGAAGAAGAUACUGUAUAGCUAAGCCACUUUCUUUCGCCUGAAAAUGCCAUCUGAUUCCGGAGAUCAAAACAGGCGUUUAACCAAGGCCCUUAACUCGGGAGCCCCACCACCAGAACAAGAGCAGCUACCUUGUCCACGCUGUGACUCCACCAACACUAAGUUUUGCUACUACAACAACUACAACUUUUCUCAGCCUCGCCAUUUUUGUAAGUCUUGUCGCCGUUACUGGACUCAUGGUGGCACCCUCAGGGACAUCCCUGUUGGCGGUGGCACCAGGAAAAAUGCUAAGCGUUCACGCACCAACACUCAUGCCACCGCCAUUUCUGCCACCAAUGCUGCUACCACCACUACUAGUCAUAAUAAUUUCCCAUUACCGGCCACCCCGGUUUUGUUGCCACUCUCCGCCAAUCAGGGAACCUUCGGUAUUGGUGGAGAGUCUAAGGGCAACGGGGGUGGUAACAUUUGUGGAAGUUUUACUUCAUUGUUGAAUACUCAGGGACCCGGUUUUCUGGCUCUUGGUGGGUUUGGGCUUGGUAUUGGUCCAGGACUAGAGGAUGUUGGAUUUGGGCUUGGAAGAGGAAUGUGGCCUUUUUCAGGAAUGGGAGAUGGAGCUGCUGCUGUUGGUGGCAAUGUGUCGGCUGCAAAUGGGAUGGGAAACACAUGGCAGUUCGAAAGUGGAGAAACUGGGUUUGUUGGUGGGGAUUGCUUUUCUUGGCCUGAUCUUGCUAUUUCAACCCCUGGAAAUGGACUCAAGUGAAUCUGCUCUUUUGGGUUCAUUGUCUUUUUCAUGUUUCUUUUUUUUUGUUCUUAAGUGGAAACCUCUUUUUCUUUUAGUACAAGGUAAAUUAGUGAGUGCUGAGAGUAAAUUAUUAGCUAUAUGAAAGUAGAAAUAUGACUAUGACCCUUUUUUUUUUGUUCUUUUGGUGACUCAAUGCCAUGUGAUUUGGUUUGUUUUGCCUACCAUUUCUGUGCAGAGGGACAUGGCUCAAAAUGAUGAGUGUGUAGUUUUUGGUGUUGAUAUGCUAAACCUUACCUGCUUUUCUAAUUGCCA